AUGGCCGACUACGAGGCACUGAAGGACCAGUGGAGCGACAUUGAGGACAAGGAUGGCAUCAGACUCAGUUGGAACACUUUCCCCAGCUCGCGCAUGCGACUGACACGCGUAGUGCCCAUCGGAGCCCUCUACACCCCACUGAAGGAGACCUCAAGUCCGCUACUUCAGUAUGAUCCGAUCAUUUGUAAGGCGCCUUGCCGCGCCGCCCUCAACCCCUUCUGUCAGGUCGACAUGCGCGCCAAGGUCUGGCAGUGUCCUUUCUGUAUGCAGCGAAACGGCCUCCCACAGCAUUACAAAGACAUCUCGGCAGAACAGAUCCCUCCAGAGCUCCACCCGAGCAAUACCACCAUCGAGUACCAGCUUCGCCGACCGGCGCCGUCACCGCCAAUCUUCCUCUUCGUUGUCGAUACUUGUCAAGAGGAGGACAGCUUGAAGGCACUCAAAGACUCCAUCAUCAUGAGUCUGAGUCUGCUGCCGCAGUACGCAUUGGUUGGUUUGGUCACAUUUGGAACCAUGACCCAAGUGCAUGAGCUCGGCUACACCGAAUGCGCCAAGUCGUACGUCUUCCGGGGCAAUAAGGACUAUACAUCGCAGCAGGUCCAGGAAAUGCUCGGCCUCGGCCAGAUCGCGCCCCGCCCCAACAUGCAGCAGCAGCCCGGACGACCUCCGAUGCCCAUUGGUGGCCCAGGUGCACGCUUCCUCCUCCCUGUUGCGCAGUGCGAAUUCCAGCUCACGAACGCUUUGGAGCAGCUCCAGAAGGACCCAUGGCCUGUGGCCAACGACAAGCGAGCGCUGAGGUGUACUGGCGUCGCACUCAGCGUAGCGGCUGGACUUUUGGAGACCUCUUUCAAGAACAUGGGAAGCAGAAUCAUGCUUUUCAGCGGUGGCCCUGCUACUGAGGGUCCGGGUAUGGUAGUUGGUCCUGAGCUGAGGGAGCCCAUUCGAUCGCAUCACGAUAUUGACCGUGAUAACAUCAAAUACUACAAGAAGGCGCUGAAGUUUUACGAAACUCUGGCAAAGCGCAUCGCACAUAACGGCCACAUUGUCGACAUUUUCGCUGGUUGCUUGGACCAGGUUGGUCUCCUUGAAAUGAAGGGCCUCGUCAAUUCCACCGGUGGACAUAUGGUUCUGACGGACAGCUUCACAUCUUCUAUGUACAAGCAAUCCUUUGCCCGCGUUUUCAACAAGGACGAAGAUGAUAACCUGCUCAUGGGGUUCAACGCUGACUUCGAGGUCCUAACGACAAAAGAAUUGAAGGUUACUGGCUUGAUCGGUCAUGCGAUCUCCAGCAACAAGAAGUCGCCAUCUGUGGGCGAGACCGAGUGCGGUAUCGGAAACACAUGCUUGUGGAAAAUGUGCGGUAUUAGUCCCGAAUCUAGCUACGGUGUUUAUUUCGAGAUUGCCGGCCAAGGUGGACCAAACCAGCUUGCGGCAGGGCCACAGAAGGGCAUGAUACAGUUCUUGACUUACUACCAGCAUUCUGCUGGCACUUAUCAUGUGAGGGUUACGACCGUUGCACGUAACCUAAGUGGGCCUUCGGGCGACCCAGCCAUCGCCCAAUCAUUCGAUCAAGAAGCUGCCGCUGUCCUCAUGUCAAGGAUAGCAGUCUUCAAAGCAGAGGUUGACGACGGACCAGACGUCCUCCGAUGGGUAGACCGAAUGUUGAUCCGGUUAUGCGCUCGGUUUGCAGAGUACAGGAAAGACGACCCUUCAUCGUUCCGUCUCGAGAAGAACUUCACGCUCUACCCACAGUUCAUGUUCCACCUGCGUCGAUCACAGUUCCUCCAGGUCUUCAACAACUCGCCCGAUGAGACCGCUUUCUACCGACAUGUUUUGAACCACGAGGACGUCAGCAACUCGCUCAUCAUGAUCCAGCCCACCCUCGAUAGCUAUGGUUUCGACCACGAGGGUGGCCAACCAGUUCUGCUCGAUUCGUCCUCGAUUCAGGCCGAGACCGUCCUUCUCCUGGACACAUUCUUCCACAUCCUCAUCUUCCACGGCGAGACGAUGGCGGAAUGGCGCAAAGCGGGCUACCAUGAGCAGGAAGGCUACGAAAACUUUGCCGCCUUGCUUGAUGCACCAAAGGGCGAUGCCAGGGAUCUCAUUCAGGAUCGCUUCCCACUGCCCCGAUUCAUCGUUUGCGACGCCGGUGGUUCGCAAGCGCGUUUCUUGCUCUCGAAGCUCAAUCCAUCAACAACGCAUACCAGCCAGGGUCAGUAUGGUGGUGCGACGGCGCAGACUAUCUUCACGGAUGAUGUCAGCCUGCAGACAUUCAUGGACCAUCUGAUGAAGCUGGCUGUAUCUGGGACGAGCUAA